GUAUAUAGCAACGUGCCAUCGCAUCACAAAUGCAAAUAUAAUCUUAAACAGAGCAACGCUAUUGGCUGGUAUACGGUCUGAAGCGAACACCCGAACUCAACAUUCGUAUUUACGCGUCCAAAUUUCACGCGUUUCGUGUUAAACGUAUUGUCCCCGUUCGCGUUCCAUACUAUACAACGUGAACAACGCGUGAGCACGCCCCCGUGGGUGGCAAAACACUCUCAGUUCCGCACCACAUUUUAGUGUCCACGUACACCCGAAAUCCUUUGUAAGUCGUAGUGAAAUCUUAAGGAUCACCGUCGAGUCCAGCUGCUUGGGAGCAUGUCCCGACGUGUUCACUUGGCAAAGUGACGUCAAUGCACAACCUCUAUAUAACAACACUUCACAAUGUAGACAGAAGGUCUUUAAUUCUCAUUGUUGUAGUGUUGACGCCGCCGCCAUGUCGUGGAGACGCUGUGUGUUUCGUUGUGAAAGCAAAUCUACAUUGUUUGCCCUUCCAAAGGAUGACACAACUAGAAAUAAGUGGUUGAAGUUUAUUUACAACACUAUUCCAUUACAGUACAAUCCAAAUAUUCUAGUGUGUGCAGCACAUUUUACAGACGAUUGCUUCCUGAACCUGGGAGAGUACAAGGCCGGCUGUGCACAAAGGCUAUUUUUAAAAAGUAAGCCAGUUCUAACCAUUCCAACUUUGCAAGGACAGUCCGGGACUUCAGACCCAAAGUCUAGUACAUCUCAGCAGGGUUACCGUUUAGAACAAUUAUUAACUUCAUCUCGAAGUCAUGAUGUUGGUUCUCAGACGGACAGUAUUGAAACAUUGGCUGCAGCGUCUCCAAAGACACGUUCAAUUGGCACACAGCUGUCUUGGGGUACCUUGAUGGAAAGGCACGUUCGGAGCAAAGAUGUAGGUACUGAAGCUGCUCCCAGUUUCAUUUCUUCAUCUCCCAUCAAAGCCGCUUCUUUCACACCACGCAAAAGGGCUUGUCUUGAGUUGGAUGAAGAAGAGGAAGAAACAGUUUACGACAAUUCCAUGAAUAACCCAGAUGAAUCAGUUGUUACAGAGGAGUCAGACUUAUGGCAGCAGACCGCAAGCAAUGUCUCAAAAUACAUUGUUUUUGAAAGCUGCCUCCGAGAGUUAUUUGACACAUGCCCAAUUUGCAAAACAAAGUGCCAUGUGCACUUUCGACGAAUGGGCACCUAUGUGUCAUACACCCAGCUUUGCCCAAAGUGCAGUUAUUACAGAAAGUGGGAGAGUCAGCCUGUCAUUGGAAGUACCCCUGUUGGAAACCUACUGGUGUCCGCAGCUAUUUGCUUUAAUGGUGCAUCCUACUUUAAAUUCAAAAAGAUUUGCAACUCCAUGCAGCUUCGGAUCAUACACUAUGAUUCAUUUAGGAGACAUACUAGGAACUACCUAGAGCCUGCUAUUGUGCACAAGUGGAAUGUGGAUCAGAACAAACUUUUCAGGAAGUUGCAAGAAGGGAGAAAAGUUGCAGUUGCUGGAGAAAUGAGGGCUGUUUCAACAGGGGACACCGCAAAGUUCGGCAGCUACACCUUGAUGCACCUGGACAGCAAUACUAUUCUUGACAUGCAGCUUGUUCAUUGCAACAAGGUAGGUGGUAGCUACCACAUGGAGAAGGAGGGCUUGAAGCGUUGUCUAGACCAUCUGGACUCUAAUGGUUUAGCUGUGGAAUACAUCAUAACGGGUCGUCAUCCAAAGAUCCAGAAGUUUCUUAGAGAGUGCAACAUCGUACAGUUCUACGAUGUGUGGCACUUCGAAAAAGGUUUGUCUAAAAAGUUGGACAAACUUUCGCAAAAAAAGGGGUGUGAGAUAUUGAAGAAGUGGGUGCCCAGCAUCAAGAAUCACGUAUAUUGGAGUGCUAUGUCGUCUACAUCUGGUCCAGAGAAGGUGGCAAAAUAUACUUCGAUCCUCAACCACAUCCAAAAUAUACACAUUCAUGAGAACCCUGUAUUCCCAAAAUGUGUACACGCAGACAAACAGACUAUAGAUCCCAGAAAAUGGUUCCAAUCAGGGUCAAUGCCUCUCUACAAAGUAGAAAAGAUCAUGAACAAUAAGCGAGUCCUGAAGGAUGUGGAAAACCUCAGUCACCAUUACCAGACUUCUUCACUAGAAGCCUUUCACAGUGUGCUCCUGCGUUUUGCCCCUAAGAAUGUUGUUUUUCCUUUCAUUGGAAUGUUGUGCAGGUUGUACCUUGCAGCAAUGCACUACAAUGAAAAUGGAGACCGUGAACAGGCAGUAACAACGCCAGGACAAGCAAUGUACAAAAUUGUUUUCCCCAAGUCAAAGAAGGGUGAAGCCACUGCAAAGCCACAAAAAACAGCCCCUUCAUAUGACUAUGAAACUGAGUUGAUGAAGCUCGUCUUUGAGGAGGUGUUUGCAGACCCUGCACCAUUUGUGGAGAAGGUGAAACAAAUCCCCUUUCCUGCACCCCUGUCCUCUCCGUUUGAAAGACCUUUGAAGGAGGAAGUUGUUCACCCGCAAAUGUCACGCUUCAGUCGAGGGGCGGUCAGAAGCCAACAAACUGUCCAUCCGAAUGCGUAGUACAACGCAGGACGAGAGAACAACUCUGAGGUUCUGUCCUAAAUGGCACCAGCUUACAAAGCUUCAAUAGACGAGAUAUCUGUACUGCCUUUAAAGACGGAUGUUACCGUUAUAACAUUUUACAAUUUCCUCCAAAAUGUGUACAUAUUUACAUCUGUAUGACUUAUUUUUAUAAACAAAUAUUUUGAUGAAAAAUCUUCGGUUAAUUUUAUUUAAAAGAAAUACUGGUGUGUAAAAAGCAAAUGCAAGAAAAUGACUUUUCCCUUUUGUA